AUGGCUGCCCUUGCGCAGCAAAAAGUCCACGAUGUGAUCAAACACUACCGCCCUGCUCGACAAUUCCCUGGCUCUACUCGCACAGAUGGAGGUGAAAGUCACGUCACAUCCCUAGACUUCGAUAACAUGGGCGACUUCUUAGUCGCAGCUUCCGAUGAUGAGACAAUGCAAGUUUAUGACAUUAAAGAGGGAAAAAGAACCAAGAUAAUACCCAGCAAAAAGUAUGGCAUUCAUUUGGCGCGCUUUACUCAUCAUCCGCGUAAUGUGCUCUUCGCCAGUACAAAACAGGAUGACUCCCUUCGCUUGCUCGAACUCCACAACGAGAGCUUUGUUCGAUACUUCACUGCGCACACUGGACAAGUCACCUGCAUAGCCUUAUCACCUGGGAAUGAUCAAUUCUUGUCUUGUGGAAAUGAUGAUAUGGUAUGCUUGUGGGAUUUGAACUCCAGAAGCCCUCAGGGUAAAUUGAAGCUGGUCACCCCCUAUCUUGCAGCCUACGACCCCUCAGCGAAUGUGAUGGCCAUAGCGUCGCAAUCGACUUCGUCCGUCCUUAUGUAUGAUGUUCGAAACUUCGAUAAGGCGCCUUUCGCUACGUUCGACAUGGCCGAAGCUGAGGAUAGGUAUACUCCAACCACAAAAGGUCGUGCGUGGACAAAGCUGGAGUUCUCGAAUGAUGGCAAGAGUAUAUUACUGGGGACAGACUAUCACGGUCACUUUGUGCUAGACGCUUUUGAUGGAUCCGUCAGAUCAUUUCUGGCGGGGAAAACGAGUGGGACGGGACGAGCUGCGCCCGUGUCAACUUCAGGAAAACCCUUGGGCCAAGGAGAUGUAUGCUUCUCGCAGGAUGGAAGAUAUGUUGUUGGAGGAGGUGGUGACCAGUCCGACCUUAUCGUCUGGGACACUCAAGCUACUACUGCUGCUGCUGGCGGUCGACAAGAACCUACCGCUCGACUAACAAGUCGUGGAAUCAAGAGCGCGAUUGUUCAAUUCAAUCCUCGUUACAACAUGCUCGUGACCGCAGAUACGAGAGUCUGCAUGUGGCUCCCAGGCGACCAGAUCAAAAACCCCGAUCUUUGA